AUGAUAGAGGGAGGAACCGCGUCGCUCCCCGUCGUAUACUCCGACGGCAACCGUGAGAUCAACGUCGGCACUGUGGUGGUGGACCCCUCACUUAACUUUAAGAGUUUGCUCUCGCUCCUAAGCCAGAGGAUCGGGAUCUCGCCGCACCAGUUCUCUGUUUACCUUGCGGCUGUCGAUACCGACCGGAAAAUUCCCGUAACCGCCAAGGUCAACCUCGCCGCCGUGCGCCGCGACGCCGCGGCACACUACUUCUUUGUCAAGCGCUCCAAGCGCUCUAAGAAGGCGUCUGCGAAUGCAAAGAGGAAGCCGCCAGAGAAGGUCAUGCUCCUCCGCCGCGCCGAUGCCGGAGAUCCGUCGUUCAGGUCGCCGUUCGUGGCGCCGAUUUUUGAUCGUGCGGACUACGAGCAAAGAUUGAUGAAUUUUCAGAUGGAGAGAGACUUUUUUCGGAUGAAUAUGGGCGCCGCAAUCCACGGCGCCGCCAUCGGAACAGAAUCAGUUAACACCGUUCCAAUUGCCGCCUCCUCCGCCGUGUGCGAGGAGUGUUUGAAGGCGAAGACGACAGGAAUCGAGGAUGAUUUUCACUUGUGCGUUUUUGAUACGGUGACGGUAGGGUUUCGGUCGCCGGCAGGACCAAUUUCCCGGCCGGCAAAAAAUUCUGGCGACGACUGCGCCUAA